AGAUGCUUACUUACAUCCUAUCUUUUCCAAGUCCACAAAUACAUAAUAUUGAAUUAUUUACAUUCGUCGCAGUGAGGCGGCACUUUCAUCGGCGCCAGUCCGCCGUCCCGAGCUUAUAUAGGAUGCUGCGCUUGCUCUCAUCUUACUUUCAUUGCACCCGCGCGGCCAGCCAGUGAAGUGACAAAUGGUUUGAUUCAGUGAAGGCUUUUCUAAGAUGCAGUGGCUAGCGACGAGUCUCGUGCUCGCUGCGUUCGUAUACGGUGGCGGUGGAGUUACUAAGUCUGGAAUAGAACAGUUUUGGACGGAUGACUACAAGAUAUUCGAGCAAGUUUAUGGCAAAACUUCAGACAAAGACAUUUACGGGGAAUCAUUACCACCGAGCAUCAUUAUCGGCACUGACCGUAAGAAAGAAGCGUCGCAGAAGAAUGAACGAUACCUUCUGAACCUCGACGAAGAUUCUGAUGAACUAGAUUCCUUCAGCUUCGGAGAUAGGUACAACAAUUUGUUAAGCAAACAGACUUUGAAACUCUAUAACAAGAAGAAACCUGCUACGUCAUCAAUCAACUUCGUAAGCUACUCAGAUUUUAAACCAAUAAGCCAGAGCAAUGACCCAGAGACCUACAACUAUUUAAAACAUCUAGAAGAGUUAAAUAACGAAGAAAAAUAUGCCUUUCCUGAAACUGUAGGGGGAUUCAAACCUUACCUCAGCUACCUAGGACCUAAGCCUGAAGAAACAGAUGCUUAUAAAAGUAUUCAGGACAUUUUAGAUGCUCAUGAAGCUAAUAAGGCUAGCAGCUACAAGGAUGAUGAUGAUGAUAAAAAUAUGAAGUAUCUUACUUAUGGGAAGAAUAAGAGGAAGAAACCUCCAAGGGUUUACAAUGAUGUGUCUAAGCCUAGAUGUACUUCUGGCAGGUGUAGGAAGAGGGGAGCGGGGUAUUAUCGUUCUAGAAGUAGGCCCCAUGUUAGAGGCUUGAAAACAGUAUUGCUUGUUUAAUUUAUAUUUUGUUGUCAUUGAUUUAGUUUCUCAUUGUUUAGUUGUAAUAAUUUAUCAUUUUUGAGCUAAAUUCCUUCAGUCGCAAGUUUUAAGACUUUUCAUUUUUGCAGUAGGUAAGGUGAUUAUUUAAUGCUUGUUUCUCAUACCACCUUUAUUGUUAUUCCAUGCUUGCGUUUUGUUUUUAAUUUUAGUUUGUAAGAUGUUGUUGUUUUUAUUUAUAAGUUAACGUUAGAAAUAAGUGUUGAGUUUUGUUGAAUCUCUUGUUGUUUUUUUUGCACUUAGGUAGUGAUGAGCCCGUAUGACAUUUUAGUUUUAUUAAUUUUAGAGUAAGUAAUUUGAAUAGAAUUAUUUAAGUUUUUGACGUGUUCUCUUGUGACAAGCAACUGUUAGUAAGUUAUUUCUUUCACGAAAUAAAAACACAAUUUAUAUUUAACGUAAUUUUAAUACUUACAAAUUAAAGUAAUAACUUUACAAUUACGUUGUGUAACAGUUUUCUUUCUAAUUUCCAAAUGAAAAUUAUCAGAAAACGUUACAAACUUACUGCAUUUUCACUCACAUGCCUUUAAAGGACUUUCAUAAUUAAAGUACCAGUUGCCUUUACUAACACCAGUGCAGGCCAUGCAUAGAUAAAAUAGUAAAAAGGAAACAAAUAAUUAUAAUAAAAUUAUCUCAUAAAUAAACAACAGCUAUGCGUCCUCUGCCAUUGCUUAAAUAAAAGACAAUUUCGAAAAAAAAGUAAGAAAUUGAAUUAUGUAAUUAAAAUAUGGAAUUCAUGCAGAAUCAUUAACAUUUAACAAAUUAUUUCAUUACCGAAUCUAUCACAAACGCUUAAUUAUGCAACUAGGAAGUUAGACAUGAAAAAAAUCUUGUUCGUGACGUAAAUACUCGUUUUCUUCAGCAAACAAUAUUUUAAUAAGCUUUUAAAAUAUCCAAGACAAGAUAUAAAUCUUUUUUCUGGUCAAGCUUUCCACUUAUUGAGCAUUUUUCCUUCAAUUCUUGCAUUUAACAAGUUCCACCAUUAUCAGGUACGACUUUGUUCAUUAAUCUGACUGUAAUCAGCAGGUAAA